GCAUUACAAAGUUAAUGCCUUUGUUUAUGUUUAACUAUAUUUAUAUUUAAACCUUGUGACUUGUUUUGGAUCUGUAUGUUUACCUGGAUAUUGCUAAUCAGCUGACCUCCAGGACAAUAGGCCUUUUCACAGCGGCUGAAUGUAAACCAGCCUGCCUCCUUGGCUCAGGCCGCCCGUCUCCACCCUCCUGCCGGGUCACGGGUCUCGUUUUGGACUAAUUUAAUAAGAAACACCAAGUACUCCGUACAGUAGACACCUCCGGUCUCAGACGGCAACCAAGCCGGGCAGAGAAGAAGACUCCGCGAGGAGAUCUGAGUCAAAAUGUCUGAGCGCUACGACUGCACAGAGUGCAAGGACUCUUUGUACGGACAGAAGUACAUCCUGAGGGAGGAAUAUCCGUACUGCAUCAAGUGCUAUGAGGCCCUUUUCUCCAGCAUGUGUGAAAAGUGCAAGAAGCUCAUUAGCUGCACCAGCAAGGAUCUGUCCUUCAAGGACUGUCACUGGCACAGCGAAUGCUUCCUCNGCNACAACUGCAGCCGCUCUCUGGUCGACAAACCGUUUGCCACCAAAAACGACCUCCUGAUGUGCACCGACUGCUACUGCCUGGAGUAUUCCUCCAAGUGCCAUGCCUGCCUGAAGACCAUCAUGCCAGGCACCAAGAAGAUGGAGCAUAAGGGGAACAGUUGGCAUGAGAAGUGUUUCAUCUGCAAAUUCUGCCAGCAGACUAUUGGCACCAAGAGCUUCGUCAAGAAGGACGGGAACAACUACUGUCUGGCCUGCUAUGAGAAACUGUUUGCCCUGCAGUGUGUCCACUGCAUGAAGCCCAUUACGACUGGAGGAGUGAGCUACCAUGACCAGCCGUGGCAUAAGGAGUGCUUCGUUUGUGCUGGAUGCAAAAUGCAGCUGGCUGGGCAGAGAUUCACCUCUCGAGACGACGCCACCUACUGCCUCGAGUGUUUCUGCAACCUGUUUGCAAAGAAAUGCGCCCACUGCACCAACCCAAUCAGUGGUCUCGGGGGCAGCAAGUAUAUCUCAUUUGAGGAUCGGCAGUGGCACAACGACUGCUUCAACUGCAAAAAAUGCAGCGCGUCGAUGGUUGGUCGAGGCUUCCUGACGUUCAGAAACGACAUCUUCUGUCCUGACUGUGGUAAAGACCUCUGAGGGGUCACCAGCACCAAGGAGGCGAACCAGUCUGACGGCCAAUCGGGACAACUCUGCAACAUAUUCAAACUUUCCUGAAUAUUAACCAGCGUGAUGUCUUUCUUUGGUUUUAACUGAGAAACUGGAACCAGUUUUAAGUAAAAGUUUGUCUUAAAGAUCAAAUGAAAAACUACAAAAAUAUCAGUUUGAAGUGGAAA